AUGAACCAAGGAGAAAGGGGAGAAGAAACAAAUAGAGAGGAGUGGAUGAGUAAGCUAACAGACAUGCGAUUUCAGAGGGCCGAUAUGAAUCGUUUGAUUAUGGAUUACCUCGUAACAGAGGGCUUUAAAGAAGCCGCUGAAAAAUUCAAAAUGGAAUCUGGUACACAACCUUGUGUUCCUCUUGACAAUCUAGAUGAAAGGAUCAAAAUAAGAGCUGCUGUUCAACGCGGAGAUAUAGAAGAAGCCAUCGCCUUAACGAACAAGCUAAACCCUGAAAUUUUGGACUGUAAGCCUCACCUAUACUUCCAUUUGCAACAACAACGACUAAUCGAGUUAAUACGAGAAAAAGAUAUUGAAUCAGCCGUUGACUUCGCACAGAACCAGCUCGCUGAACAGGGUAAUGAAUCGCCAGAGUUUCUAGAGGAGUUAGAACGUACAAUGGCUCUUCUAGCGUUUGAUAACCCCGAGGAUUCUCCGUUUGGGGAGCUGCUUUGCCCUUCUCAAAGGCAAAAAGUUGCCAGUGAAUUGAAUGCUGCUAUCCUAGAAGCUGAACACAGAGAAACAUCUCCUAAACUCUCUAAUUUACUUAAGUUGUUAUUGUGGGCACAAACAGAACUGGAUACAAAGAAAGCAAAGUUCCCCAAAAUGGUAGAUGUAGCUAGUGGAACAUUUGUUUAAAUUUUGGGUUAAAUUUUUAUGCCUAAAUCCUAGGUUGUAACUACUUCAUGCACUUAUUUUUUUGUGUGUGCAUUAGCGUAUGAAAACAUUAAGGAAGGAACAAUGUUGAAAUACAUUGUUAUUUACCUCUUUUUAGAAUAGGGCCAUAUUGUAAGGUCUUCAACAGAAGUUUCUCAUUGGCUCACCAGUCAUUCCAAGCAUUUAACCCAUUUGCCCCUGGAGCCACCACAACAAAUAUACAUAGAGAAUUGGCCUUGUAUUAUAUAGUUGUGCCUCACAUCAUUGAAAUUAAUUAUUCUGUAAAAUAAGGUAAACUGAAAUGAAAGGAUUGAUGGCCAUUCAGCAGGUUGCACAUUGAAGGGGUGCAUUGAAUAAUACCUAGAGUGGCUCCUUGGGUGCGUACCGUUUAUGCAAACCACCUGGGUGGAAAUCUUGUGCAUAAACAUAAAACUAUAAAAUUUGGGGUAGUGGGAAAAUGACCUGCUACAAAUGUAUAUCCAAAUCAGCUGAACAGACUGAAAUGAGUAGAAAAAUUGCAUCCUCUCAAAUCGUAGUCCAUGCUUUCUGUAGCUCCCUACAUGGGAUGGUGCAAACCAUCUGACUUUCCAAUGGUAUAACGUUCCCCUGAUCUAAUGCCAAAUUCUCGCUUUGGCUCACAAACGUAACAGAGCAAAUUGGAAAGAGAGUCUAGGUAACCCAUCAAUCUGUGACCAUGUAUUUCACAGUCUAGGGCUAGGGUUAGGAAAAAAACAACUCUUUGUGAUAACAGAAUUCAGGGUGCCUUUGUCUUUGCAGAACAAAGCAUGAAACAACAAUAAUUGUUGCCAUUUAACAGAGUAGCAAUGGUAAUUGGUUGUAUUUUGAUCUUGUAAUAAUAUAUAUCUGAAUAAAAAAGGAAAGAUGGUUGUGUGUUACAUGUGCAUCACAUUUGCUGCAGUCUGAUUGGAUAUAUUUUUUAAAGGCCCUGAUUAGAGUACUGUAGUUGCAUUGUAAUAGAACUGUUAAUUCAAGCCUUGCUUUAAAUUCAGUGUAACCAGGCCCAAAGUGUCAAUGCCUUUUUUGUGCUAAAGGAAAUAGGUGUCAGUAUUGAUAAUCAGUAGUAUUAAUUUUGGUGGCCUGGGGCCCGUUUCUCGAAAGUCCCGGUAACUUUUCGGGCCGGAAAUCAAAUAUUCAAAUCGAAAUAUAAAGAAUAAGAAUGCGGGUCCUGGCAAGCAAACUACCCCAUUUUGUUUCAUUAACUGAUAGUUUUAUCAUGUUAGAUGCAAAACUAUUGAAACCUCGAUCUUUAGUGUAAACGGACACAGCUUACCGGGCCUGUUAAUUAUCAGGACUUUCGAGGAACGGGCCUCUCGACUUGUUUGCAGGGUUUUCUUUAAGGUUUUAAGUAGCCGAAGUUUUUUGAAAAGUAGACGGUUGUGGGUCCGGAGGACCCAUACGAUGGGCUUUAGGAAAAGGAUCAUUUGAUCAUUUGAAAACUUAACGCUGGAAAAUGCAUUUCAAAUUUAUAUUUUUAUUGAGUCCAAGUUUAGACCUGAUAAACAUCAUCUCCUCGACAUAUCUUGACUCUUGAAGUAACAGAAGUAGCCAGCAAAACCUUGCAGAGAAGCCGGCGAACUUCGCCGGCUACCGGCUCUUAUAUACAACCCUGUGUUUGUCUUAUGUGUACAUUUUUAAGUAAGGUAAAGUUUAAAAUGGGCGCACAUGAGUCAAAGGCCCAAUCGGUCAUAGCUUAUCCUAGUUUCCUCAAAAUGAAGCAUGCCUGGGGGUAUUGCUACUCCCCCCUGGAUGGGAUGCUAAGUAAAGUUCCUUGUCUAGGGAAACAACGUGACGGGCAAGGCUUGAACCCCAGUCCUCCAGAUCCACAGUUCGAGGUGUUAUAUGCUAGGGCACACACAAAACUCAAAAAUUUAAAACUGACCAACCACAAAGGCAAUUAGAUGUUGCUUCAGUGUAAUAAUAGAAAGGCUGGUGAUUGCUUUAUUCUUUUGCUUCUACUAAUGACUUCAGCAACCUAGUAUCCCCUAGAUUGUUUGUGGUGGAGUUAUAAGUGAGGCCUUGUAAUGGUUAAUUCCAACAAGCAACAUGGCCUUGAAACAGUGACAUAGGACAGCAGAAAUGGUGACAAACAACACAAAGAUGGGUUGAAAAUGCGACAGCGAUAAAGAAAAAAUACAUUAUAGUAAAAUACUGGCAGCAAGAUGGCUUCCUCCUCAACAUGUGAAACGACAGGUUUUAAAAUUCAGACUAGGGACAUGUGUAACUCCCUAACAGGGCCUCAUAAGGGGGACUGGAAGAAAAUAGAAACAUUCUCUCUCUUGCAACUCUUUCAGAGAGGCAGCAUGGCCAAGACGUUAGUGGUCAGCGUAUUGGACUCGCAAUCCAGUGGUCCCUGUUUUGAGUUCUGCUCUGGCCACUUGCUGGAAUUUCUCUUGGUUGUCCCAGGUUUAAUUAAAUCUGCAGCCAUGCUUGUAAAUAGCCAACUGGCUGCCUCCGGCCAGUUUAAUCCUGUUAUGUUCUGUUUAAUCAUUUGUUUUCAAAUUAUUUGAUUGGAGUGGCCAUAAGCUACAUGGAUAAGCUAAGUGCACUUUCCACUAUAAACAAAUCUUUAAAGUUCUCUAUCUAAUUCCUUCAAAUUAUGAUAUGAAUCAUCAGAUAUUUUAUUUUCAAUAGCACUCUGUCAACCCUGAAAAACAGACUAAAGCUAGCCCAAAUUAAAUCUGAUUAUUUACUUCUCCUGAAAUAGCCUGCAAUCAUGUAGAUUUUGGGAAAGGGAAAGCUGUUUAUGUUAAUAUUUUAAAUGCUAUGGCAGCAAUCUCUGAUUUUAUCACUGAGAAAAGUUGGGAAGAGGAAAAGCAACCCUCAGAGUAGGCUUUAGGGUGUAAGUAGGCAGCGUCCACCUCUCACAUCUGAUAAGAUGGUAAUUAAGACCCGUUGGUGAAAGGUCUGGGUCCAACUGAAAUUUUCUGAGCCACUCGCACCUCUUAUAACAUUGUAGUUGGCAAGCAAGCAGAUCCUCCCAGAUUUCUCAGUUCCUAUUCACACCAAAUGCUUUUCGUUUGCAUGUGCAAAGUAUACUUGAAGUGAUCAAAAUUCUCGUGCAGUUUCACUGCUUAAGUAAUCAUACUGAAAUGACUAUGAAUCAAAACGACCAGCUUCCACUCCAGCUGUCCAUCUUAGGGACCAGUCUGUGUCACAGAGAGUUUAUUUAGCAUAAAAUGCCUGAAAAAAUGGUAAGGAAAGAACCACCUCUUGGCAUCCAAUUUAGAGAGGCGUCCAUUAGUGAGUUAUCUGUAGGCCGACCACUAGCCUCUACCUGGGUUUGCUAUGGACUUGUUUUCCAAACAUCUGCUGGUAAACAAAUCUAGUCUAAAUGUCCAAGAAGCGGCGAAUAAGGGCCAAGCGAAUCACUCUGGACUGUCAAAUGUAAUAGAGAAUCAGUAAACCUUUGGAUAGUUUUCAAUUUCCUCUGGAGUAUACUCAAUCAGUCUCCUUGGAAGAGGAGCGGGAGCUUCGAGCUUAGUAAAUAUAUUCUCCGCGUAAGGAUGUUCAUCGUCUUCAAACAAAUAUAACCUCUUCAUCCAAACAGGCCUGAGAUUGUUUUUCGGGAGCAUGCCAUAAACCGCUCGCCAUAAGAUUCUCGUCGAGUCUGUUUUAUGGAGAUUCCUGGCAACAACUUCUUUAAGUCCGCCAGGAUAACCUGUGUGAUGACGAUAAAUCUUCUUGUUCCAUUUGUUGCCCGUUAGAGCAAUAUGUUUAGUGUUAGUUACAACCACAAAGUCUCCCACAUCCAAAGAAUGGUGGUAAAUAGGCUUCGUUUUUCCUUGCAGAAUCUGCCCUAUGAAACAAGCUAGGCGGCCACAGACCUGGUCUCUUGCAUCUACGAGGUACCAUAACCGUGCAUGGGUUGCAAAACUUUGGUUAGCACGAUUUACAAAGGACAUUUUCAAAACACAAAAAAUUUGCCACGAAUGUGCGAAUUUUUGACCUCAUGCGCACCCACUUUAUACUUCAAUUAUGACUUAUUUGAAUGUCCUGCGUAGAGAACUCCGCUGACCAAUGAGUUAUAAAUAAUUUUGUUCAGUGUUCUGGAGAGCGAAAUCGCGCGUCAAGCCAGGGAAAUUGUGGCAAAAUUCAUUCAAAGAAACGAUCAUAUUCGUCAUGGAUCACAGUAAGGGGCAGGCAGUUAGUUCUUGUUGUGUUUAGAUUUUAUUUCCGUGAUCCUAAAUAUCUUCUUUUCCUUAUUCCAGUGCAUGAAAGUCACACCAUGGCCUCACCAUCCUCCCCUGGUUAUUUACCGCAAUAUCUUCUUGGCGGCAAUUCUCCGGCCGCUUCGGUAAGUUCCAAAAGCGUUGAUUUAAGUGUUUCCUUUUGUCCGAUUUAUCUGAUUGUGAUUUUUAAAUCAGCUGUAAAGCUUUAAAAAUGAUCUCAUAGGUUUUUUGGCGUUUGGCGCCAUGAUUUGCGUGGAUCUGUAGACAAAUGUACAAACUUCCGCUCGUUAAACUUUAUGUUUUUUCGAGCUACAGGUUAGGUUAUGAAGCACUCUGAGUACUAGAUAUGUUAUAAUGCAGGACAUCACGACAUCACAAGGAGGCUGUACUUCUUAAAUUCCUUUUUUUUUAUCAAGCGGGAUAAAUAAAAAAUUAUCUUAUGUUCAUCAAGUAACAAGUUUUAGAAGAGGGGGACAAUGAAAAAAAAUAUUGUUGCAAUGCUUCGAUUUUCAGCCAGUCACUCUAACAAUUUGGCUUCGAAAGUCUAAUAGAUAUAUUAUUAAUUUGGUAAUUAGAUUUUCAUAAUGUCAUUUAACAAUGUACAAAUGUUAAAUCAUAUUCUGAGGAGAACUUUGAAUUGUUUGCAUGAUUUGUGCAAUAUGAGAAUCCAAACUUCUCCUGAUUUUCUUGUUUAACUUUGUUUACGAGUAUUAAUUAAUUAAUUGAUUAAUUAAUAUACAUCUUUCCCCUCAGCCCAUUCCAAGAGGGAGACCAGUAGGAUCUUCCUUAGGGUCUUAUAAAGGAAGUCCAGGCCAAACUGGUUCCCUUUCAUCACCAAGAAAUUACUCCCAUCAAUUCAGUUCUCCACUCAGGCCGCAAGGAUUUGUAACUAAGACUGACAGAACACCUGCAAGGUUAGUCUUAUACAAGCUAUGAAUUAUUUAACAGUUAAUGAAUGAGGCUGAGUAUCUUACGAAGAAUUAUGGAGAUCGGGGAGGGUGUUAUCCGUCGAGGCCGUAGGCCAAGGCAGAUAACACCCUCUGAGAUCUCCAUAAUUCUUCAUAUGAUACGAAAGCAGAAUUCAAUAACUGUUUUAUAAUUCAUUCAAAAUAAUUCCUAGUUUAAAAACAUAGCUAAAACAUGCUUACCUCCAUCGAUCCAUCGAUGUUCAGUUCAUCUUCGAUAGUGUACAUUUACGUUUGUCCAGCUCCGCAAAUAUUCUCCAAAUAGCAAAUGUCACCCUUCCAGUUGUCUUCUUGCUGUUCUUGCCAUGUUUUUAGCUAUUUUUUUCACCUAGUUCUUACUCUUGAAACGAGUGAAAUGUCCGCCAUUUUUCAAGUUCACAACCAAAACAACUCAACCUCGUCCCCAAGUCUUCUGGGUUAACGGUGCCUUAACCUGCGAAAACGCUGCAUUUUUGACGUCAUUUCCUCGUUAAAGUCAAAAUUCUUCCAAAUUUGGUCAUCAGUAACUGGUUAUGGUGAAUUAUAUGUUUGCUUUUAGCCAAUCAGAAUCGGGGAAGUAUUUUGAAUGAAUAAUAAUAUUUGUUAUAAAAGAACUAAGAUAAUACGUGCACUCUGAUUGGCUGAGAGGAGUGUUUGGUUGAGAGUAUGUAAACAUGGUUGUGGCGUCAAGAUGUUUUGCUUUUCGUACACUAAUCACGCAAGCACGAAUUUGAAAAAGUUUUCGAGUUCAAAACUCGACCAGUUUACUUUAUUUACCAAUUCCUCUGUCGGCUGAAACUUGGAAAAUCGUUACAAAGAAGGUGUGUCAAUUUUUUUUCGCUUAAGCUGACAGUUUAAGCAAGAAAAAUCCGUAUUUUGAAUAGCAUCUUUUUGAAAAACAAGAACUGAUUUUCGCGUGCAAGACGUUGUGUAGAAGACUUUGCGACUGGAAAGAAUAUCUCUUUUAAUCAGUGCCAUAACAAAGAGUUUAGCGUUUUUUUCUCGACAGUUAUGCAAACCCUCGACUUCGUCUUGGGUUUGCAUAACUGUCUCAAAUUCUCCCAACCCCUCUUGUGUUUAUAUCAGGCUAUGCAAACAUGGAAAACGUUUUCUAUUGCUUAAUUGGUUCAUACAGGUAGUGCUUGGUGUUUUUUAGAAAUGAAGCUAGCCCUUUUUUUGGUUGUUAGACCACCAGACAUAUUUAAGCUUUUCUGCCAUAUGGUUUUAAAGUUUGACGUACUGUCACAAUGCUUUGCUUUAGAUCUUCUAUAGGCUGUCCUCCUAAAGAUUCCAUGAGUGCUCCUCCAGUUGAAGGACUUUAUGAUGCAAGAGGCUCAGAGUUUGGUAAUUCACCCUUCUCCAAAGAACAGGUACAUGGAAAAAGUACUCUUUUUGUAGCAGCUUCGAUUUGAUUAUAAAACUGGGGUGGGUAAUGUCCACACAUUUCAUCUAAAUCAGACUGCUAUUCCAUGUACAAAUUUAUGCAAAGCAGAAAGACUUGAAAUUGGCACUUUGAGGGCAAGUCUAGCACCCCAACUACAUGUACCAAACCAUUCCUGCUCUCAUUAGUUUAUCAUUUAUUGUAAACUUUCUAUAAAGCCGUCCCUGAUUGUAUACAUAUUUUAGCAACUAACAAUUAACUCUUUUUUUUUAAAUAAAAAGCCAAUGGAUGUGACAAUGGCUUCUGUUGUUAAUACAACAAUCCGGAAAAGUGCUGGAUACACUACACCAGGAAGUAACAUAACCAUGUCAGGUGUUGAUUCACAGCCCUUUAGUCCUCAGCGUGGCAGUUCAUUUCCCUCUCCCACCCAAAUUGAUCCAUUUUACACCCAGGGGUAAGUGAAACUUGCUUUUAAUUGGUAAUUCUCAUCUUAUCAAGUCAUUUUAAAGCUAGUCUUACAAACUCAUUUUGGAGAGUUCUAUCACUUUUUAUUUCUUAAUAAAUGUAAGAAAUUAUUAUCAACUUCAAACCGAUGUUUGCUGGUUGCUAUAAGAGGGGGACAUGGGGGUUUAAUAUGGCAAAUUGAGCUUUUUUUCAAGUAGCAUUUUGGUUAUUUUAAUUUUAAUGGGUGGUAUUACGGUAUCAUCUAGCCCUGCGGUAUGCAGUCUUUCAUCCUUUUAGGUAACAGUAUUUAGUUAGAGAAGAUCCUUCCCAGUACUACAGUACCAUUUAUUUGCACUCUUCUGUCUAAUAUAGAUCAAUACAAUUAAGGCAACAGUAAGCUAUACAGGUUAAUAAUAGUUAAUAUUUUAAGACUUUAAACUUAAUUAUGGCAAAUGAUUACACAAUUUCUUCUGACCGUUAAUCUAUGAUGAAAUUAGUAGGGCAUCUUAAGACUGGGCUUUUGUACCAGUCAAUUCAAGGUCUUCCACUCAUGUUGUCUUGCAAUGUCUGAGUUUGAUUCCUCGCCCAUAUGUUGUAGUUAAUUUUUUAUCUCAGGUAAUUUUUAUUUUUCCAUAAUGUUUUUGGGUAUGGUAAUGUAUGCUAAUGAAUUUGAAACAAAGGAAAAAUAAGGAUUAACUGAAAUAAAAAAUUAACUGCAACACCCUUACAUGCUUGAGAUAAACAAGCACUCGAGACGGAUGUACAACUUUAAUUAGCAUGGACGAUCAUAAAUGCUGUAUAGGUAUUUCAUUGAUUUUCAACAUGGUAUUUCGGUAUUUUCCAAUUUUUCUUUUUCCCCCCCAUAGGCAUGAUUCUAAAUCUCUCCAUUAUUAGCCUCAGAUAAAGUAAUAGAGAGUAGAGUAGUCAGUGUUCUGAUAUAUUAAUGUGUAACUCAACUUGUAUCAUAAUUAGUCUAAAACUAAUUACCUGUGAAAGGAACGUUGAGCUAAAGGUUACUUAAAUGAAAAUUGAACCAUGACAGGUGUAUAUAAGAACAAUUAUUGUUCUUAUUAAUUUUUUUAUCAUGUAUUUAAUUUUUUUUCCAGUAUGGCAAUAUCUAGUGAUGAUGUUUUGGAUGAAUGUUGGGUAACAGUUUUUGGGUAAGAAGGAUAAAGCUCUCCAUUGACAUUAAUUUUUCAAACUCAUAUUGUAUUUCCAACAAGCAACUCAAGGCUCCUGCUUACAGUUAUUACAGAAAACCUAAAAACUUUUGUCAAGAAGUUUGUCUAAGCUUUGAAAAUUUUGUGACUCUUGUUAGCCAAAUAUAAUGCUCAAUUGAAAUUUUUUUUCCAGAGCUAUUUUUUGUUUACUAUAUUUAUUGUGUCAUUUUGAACUUAAGCUUAAUUCAUUAAAUUAAAAUACCAGUAAUUGAGUAACAUAUUUUGAUCAGCACUGCUAUGUAGAGCUUCUGUAUCAAAGAGCUUUUUCUGUUCCGGAGAUAAACCCCACGGCUUAUAAGUCCUCCUGAAAUUCCAUGCGAAGAUAAGUAUGUGUAAUCAAAUGGUGACGAGUGAAAUUAGGGAAUAAUUUCACGCGCGUUUUGUCCAAAUCCUAAUAAUUUCCCGAGCCUUUAAAUUAUUAGGAUUUGGACAAAACGCGCGUGAAAUUAUUCCCUAAUUUCACAAGUAUACCAUAUGAUUACCAUUAAUAUCAUAGGUGACGAAUUACGUUAGCAAUCUUGAAUUUUUGACAUGUUUAUCCUGGAUCGUAUCGAUCGAGAACUCCACUCUCUCAAAUGUUUAGACCCUAAAUUUGGCUUAUAAAGUUCAGAAUUUUUCAGGCGUUUUCAGCAAAAUACCUGUUAGAAUCCUUCUUGAUGUUCUUUUGUGUGUUCAGGUUUUCUAAAGCGUCUUUUUGUGCCCUGACAUCUUCAUUCACGGCAUUUUAAAACUUUGUUGUCAUCUUGACACUGAGACAUACGGAAGGGUUGCCAUGGCAAUUUUGUAAUUUCACAUGUGAAAUUACAAAUUAAUGCUGAAAUUUCGUGCCAAAAUUAACGAGUAAUUCGUCACCUAUGAUAUUAGUGCAUAUAACUAAGUGUCAGUUAACGUAAGGAUCUGCAUAAUCAAAGUCUGGUUCUGGCAUUAUUUUCAGUUUGCUAUGUCAGUACCUUGUAGUUCAUAUGUUCAACUUUCUCUAAAAUAUUUUAAAUGUCCUUAGAUUUCCUCCAGCUGCAUCAUCCUUUAUUCUUCAACAGUUUUCUCAAUAUGGCAACAUAAUAAAAAGUGUGGUGAGUUUGUCUAAUUAUUUGAUAUAACACUCACUAAAGUGCUGCAAAUAAGAGUCAGCCAUCAGUCAGACAGUAGUGAGCUUUAAUUUAAGCAACUACGAUGAUGACAGCAACGAGAAUGGCUAAAAGCAAUAGUUUCAUUUUCUCAUUCUCAUUCUCACUUUUUUGCUGUCACUGCAUGACUACGAUGUGAAAAUUUCACGUUUUAUGGAGGACAUUAACACAAGACAACGAUUUUUUUCUUUUCAUGAACUAUAUAAGAAACAUUAUUCAACUCCUAAAAAUAUUGCCAACAUUUGUCAAAUGUUGAAAAAGAGUUGGAAUAAGAGCGAUGAAGUUUAAAAAAGAGCGAACAAUUCACUUUUGGGUGACGUUUUCGCUGCCAUUGCCACUGUCUUGUUGCUUAAGCUCCCUAAAUCUACAGAUACCAAAGACUAUCACUUUGAAGGUGAAAGUAUGAGAAGUGUUUAAACAAAGUAGUUGUUAGUCAAUAUACUUUAUGCCCACAAACUCAUGUGGUACGUUUCUCCGACUAAAAUGGGGAUUGACAUGUCAGAUAUGAGUGAAUUUCCACAAAAAGAAUAUUAUGUGCUGGCCUUUUUUGUUGUGCCUCAUUUCUUGACUGUUAUUCAACACUACUUCAUGUAUCAUCAGCCUCAUCCCAUGCCAUUCUAUUUUUGUCCAUUACAAAGUAUACGAAGUGCACUCUGUCUUAUAAGGAACCUGAACAGUUAAUCAAAGUAAAGCAAUUUUGUGAAGGAAAGAACUGUCAAUUGAAAGUAAUGGCAGAGACAAACUUGAUUCUUAUAGUACUAUUAAUAACAGCGCCUUUAUCAUGACAAUGAUUUUAGAAUUAAGAAUUAUGUUUGUUGCAUAUAAGUUAUGUAUUGUUUCAAAAUGCUUUAGAUAGCUUCUUUGUUUUGUUUUGCUUUUUUUCGUUUUUACUGCAGACAUCUAAAGGUAAUUGGAUGCACCUUCAAUAUCAAUCCAAAUUGCAAGCCAAAAAGGUGAGUAAGAAAAUACAGAGUUGAAAAUUUCACAAAACUCAUUUGAACUUAACGUCAUCAUAUCAGCGUGCAAAGAAAGUAGUGUCCGAUAGUCUCGGCUAGUGAAUUUUGCUAUCGGGUUAGUGAAUUCUGUUUUUUAACUUGCUGUUGUUUCUUCUCAUCAGGCUCUUAGCAAGAAUGGAAAGGUGUAUGGCACUGAUAUCAUGGUGGGGGUUGUACCUUGUAUUGAAAAGGUAGGUAUUAGUGAUGUUUGCCAUCAUUUUGUUGAACUUGCAUUAAAAUGAUAGAAAUAUCAAGGUUGUGCUAUACGAAAAAUUGAAGGCAGCACUCUUAACCUUUGAAAUCUAGGAUGCCCAACAUAGGAUUUCUAUGAAGAUUUCCUAGUUUCCCAAGAGCAGAAGUAAGGUGGAAGGGGGCAGCGGGCUGCUAGAACACAGACCUGAACAUAAGUUUUGAAGUAGCACCUUUGGUGUCACUUGCUCAAAGGUCAUUUACUGGUUGUAAUGUCACAAACUUUGAUGAAAUGAGUAGUCUCUGUACUCAUAGCCACUUCAUAGAACAAAAUAGUUUUCCCAAAUUCUUCAGUAUAUUUUUGUCAAGGGCUUUCUUUGUAUUAAGUGUAAUAAAAUCCGGGCAGCAAAACCUAAAAAAGGAAGGGGAUUAAAGAGAACGUUGGAAAUUAAAAGCCAAGCUUCCACACCAUUGUUUUUGUGUUCAGAGGCUCAAAAUUUUUUAUUGUCAGUGGAUUAUUCUUCUUCAUUUAGUGAGUCAAGGUAGUUUUAGUUGUUAAUAUGGGUAAAAUAAAUGUCUUUGAGUGUUUUUUAUUGUCUCUUUUGGACGAUGACUUUAAUAAUUGCUUUGCUUAUUAUCAAGGUUGAUUUUUGCCACAUACAAACAUUUUUUGCAGAGUACACUUCAUUUUCCUUGUUGGUAACAUGUGAAUUCCAUUCUUUAGAGUGUCAUGGAGGUUUACGGAAAAGAAAACAUACUAAGGACACCCGACAGGACUGAAACCAGCAUGCCGUCAUCAGUGUCUAAUAAACCAGCUCCAAUGCGGCCACUGACAGCGGCUUACCAAGCAUCACGCAGUGACCAUCAGGUACUUGUAUCACAUAAAAUUCACAGUGACUUCCUAAAAUGUAAUCUCAACCCUAGAGUGACCAACAUCAGUUUUCUCCUAACACUAUCUAAACAUCAUCAAGAGGAAAAGCUUAUGAGAAUUAAUAAAAUGAUCACCAAAGCAAAAAUGCUUUGAUCUUUUAUUAAAUUCAUUGAACUAAUAAUUGAAGAAAUGUAUGGAGAGCAGUCUGGAGAAUAUCUAUAUAGAUAAUGGAGCUUUAAGGGUUAAGAGUUUUUCAUACCUGUAUAUCUUGUUGUCUAAUAUUUUUGCCCAAUUGAGGCCAAUAUUGGCCAAUGAACCAAUGGACCAAUAUUAAGAUGGUCCAAUAACAUGGACCACUUUCAAUGUGAGAAUCUCCAGAUCACCACUUUGUGAUGAUUAUGAAGAAAACCCAUUCUAGUCCGCAUGGCUUAUGUUAAAAAGGAAAAGGAAUGGGGAACCCAGGUGUGUGAGAGGAGGCACGCGAGGAGGCGUGCGCGUCCCAUGUACUCUCGCAUGUUCGAAUUUCCCCAUCCCUCCCCCUUUUAUUAUCUGCCAUGUAGGCUAGUGUUGUCCUGACUGAUCCUGACUUUUCUGUUGUCUCUGAAGGAGAAAAGCUUUCAAAUUCCCACACCACCGUUUUUCUACCUGGUCAGUCUUCUAAACGUCUGUCUGAAAAAUAUUUGCAAUUAAAUUUAUCUGCAAGAAAAUAUAUGCUUUACUGUAUCUGCAUUGAAUAUUUAUCCCAGUGUUUGGUGGUCCAUUCAUGUCAUUAAUAAGAGAACAACGAAUUUUUCUUCUUAGAAAUUCCUUUGGGUGAUAUGUUAACAAUGUAGGAUUAAGCCCACAAUAUGUUUUUGUUGUUGUUGUUGUUUAAACAGGUUGUUCCUGAUGGAAGUAGGACCCCGCAAAAAGAUUCCAACUUUGUUUCCAAAGCCAUGGAAUAUAUGUUUGGCUGGUGAAGAAACUUUCAAGUUCGAAUAAUUAAUUGUAGUAAUGAUACAACAGGAAAAGGAAUUUUGCUAGGUUUCUUUAUCGAAUUUCCCUUUUUUUUUGGCCUCCGAGAUUUUUCUCAAAGAAUUAGCGAAUUUGUUUAUUAGCUAGAGCAGUAAUGUGAGAAUGCUUUAUACAUGUAGCAUACUUUUGUCGUCCAACAAAACGUAAGCCCUCUCAAUAUGAUCAAUCUCAUAUUUUUCUUUUAAGUUAAUUAGUGAGAUGACACUCGUUACACGCGAGGCGUGACAGGCAAACCGCGAGAUACGAAGGCGUCUUGCGGGCUUUGUGGAAGGAAUUUUUUUAACGAUGUGAGGUAUUUUGGUCGAAUUGAAUCUUCUAUUUCAGUUAACAUUAGCAAGAGAAUGUCCUUUCGCUUCGGUA